CUGGCAGCUAAUUUGAUCCAUCUAACCUGCGGGCAAGAGUAACUUGUACAAAAAUGAUGCAUUCGACUUCGAGCCCGUGGCUUCAAGCCCUUUCUCCCCACGACUCCACCACAGCCCCAGGCUAUUCUUCAUCCUCCGUGAUGGCUUUCAAUCAUGUCUACCCGACUUUGCCUACAGCUGCUGCAACCCUUUCCUCCAAUCAGGUGCAUACCAAUCAGCCUUCCUUGUUUUCCUUACAUUCGCAUUCGGCCUUCGCUGGAGAUUCACAAACCGGAUCUUCCUCUGGAGAUCUUGCAACCGAUUUGCAUUCGGUAAGUGGUUUUAUUUUUAACUUGUUUUUUGUUCUGCUGGUCCAGUUGACUGAUGUCGGUUACUCUGUGCAGCUCUCAUCUGUUCCUGGAUCAAUGCUAUCUCAACUGGAUCCGAUUGCAGCUGCAGCCUAUUACGGUUUCGAGACCGAUCCAGCGGCCUCAGCCCCAUCCACUAAUUCCUGGUAUUCCUCUUCUGGUGUUGAUGUUGUCUCCUCUGCUACCAGUGGUCACGUAUCGAGCACAGCACCUCAAUCUGGUUCUGGUGUCACAACACCCACAACAGCCAAACGACUACAUUCACGCACCGGCUGUUCCACCUCCAAUUCGAAUUCCUCGUCGGCUGUCAAAAACCCAACAGGGCUACCGCCUCCACCCGAA